CCAGUUCACCUGAUAGUAUUUUCCAAAAGAGAACAUGGAAACUUAACCAUUAAAACUCUAAACACAUGAGGAAACUUAAGUCACUUUAACCCUUAUUCUCAUCUUCACUUGAUACAGAACUCUGCAUUGGAAAUAUGUUUUUCUUCAGAAACUGGAAGGAAUUGCUUCAAUGUCUCCUAGUCUCCAGGCACACAUUGGCUGCCUCUUGAAGUUUUCAAAAUCUCUCCCACCCUGUUUCUGAAAUUCUGUUGUGAUGAUCCCAACAGGUUUGCUCUGAAGAUUACACUUGACCCUCUAUGUAGAUCUCAUGGUAACACUGCCUGAGACACCUUGAGCAUUCCUCUGUCCAUAGUUACCAUCAUUCUAGCAAUUAGAGCAUUUAGAUACAUGUGAUCCUUUUGCUUUUAUAAAACUAUAAUACAAGAAACAUUCUUCUAUCUGUAUAUAGAUGAGGAGAAUGUAUGAUUAUCUUCUUAGGAUAAAUUCCCAAAAGAGGAAUUUCUGUGUCAAAUGCAAACACAUUUAAAUUGCUGAGACCUUUUGCAAAAGCAUCUUUCAGGAGUUUUGUCCCUGGUUUUCAACCCCUUCAACCUUCACAACAGAAUGUGUUCCCCACCCUCGGGCUGAAACCUCAUCAUUUGCUUUCAUCUUUGCCCAAAUGAUAGAUUUUUAUUUUAGCUCCUACUUUUCUUAACACACAUUCUCAUUUUUAUUUAUAUGUAUUUAUUACAAAUAUAGUUGUUUGACAUUUGCAUUUCUUCUUUUCCAAACUGUUUUCUAAUAUUCUUUAUUUUUGAGUGGGUUGUAGAUAUAUUUAAAUGUUGAAUUUAAGAAGAAAGGAAAAGCAGCCCCGAACAUUAGAAUUUGUCUGGCACUUAGAGGGAGGCCCCGUGUUGCCCGAAGCCAGCCUGGUGCUCACUGCUAGGUGGGGUUACUCUCUGGUUGGACAUACACGGUCUCAUGGAACAUCAGCAUCAGACAAGGACAUCCCAAGAGCACAGCAACAGGAUACAAAACAACACCACACUGUGUGUGGUCUCAGCACACAUAGAAAGGAGACAAUGGUGCAGCUCACACACUACCAAGCAGCUCCCGGGCUGGCCAACAGAAGGGAAGACAGCGUCUUUCCUAUCACCCCUCACCCUCAUCCCCAUCUUCCUCAUCCAGUCAUCUUCUGUCUGGGACAGAAAUACACAUGAAGCUGCUGUAUAACAAACAAAACUAGGUUUCUGUGGGUCUCGUGACUUUGAGCACAGGCUAUAAUCAGUUCCAAACAGAAAACACCUGUCCCCCCACCUGCCUUCCCAGACUGAGGACACUCUCUGAAAUCUUAUUUCCAGGGGGUGAGCUUUCUUCUAGAAGAACCCAGGGGCAAUGUUUUCAGCAGAGUGUGGUGAUGCACGGCUGCCACCUCAAGGAGAGGGGUUCUAGGAAGUGAGGAGGACAGUGGGGAGACUCCCCAUGGUUUAUCCAGAACAACCAUUCUCAAAGUGUGCUCUGUGGAACCCUUGAAGUUUCUCAGACCCUUUCACGGGAUCUAUAAGGUCAAAACUAUUUUCAUAGGUUAAGGACAUCCUUGCUUUGUCACUGUGCCCACAUGUGCACAGAGGUAAACUUAGCAAGAACAGAGACUGGGACACCCAACUACAUUAGCAGGCAUUCCUCACUACGACUCCCUCACAGACUAGACAACAAAACCAGUGUCACUUUACAACGACAUGGUUGAAGGAUUGAAAAAUAUUACUUUUACUAAAUCAUCUUCCUUGAAUCAACAGUUUUAAAAAUCUUGGUUUCCAGUCAAGAUGGCUAUGAAGAUAAAUGGAGUGCUUUCAUGACCCUACAGCUACAUCAGAAUCACAACUGCACUGCAAACAACCAUCAUUCAGAACCAUGAUCUUCGUCCAGACCCGCGUGAUAUGGGUCAUGAGACCCAGACCCCUGCUCCUGCUGCUCCUGAGGGUCCUGGCGCUGACCAAGACCUGGGCUGACCCCCACAGCCUAAGAUACUUGCACACCGCCUUGUACGGACCCGGCCGCGGACAGUACCGGUACAUCGUCGUCAUCUACGUGGACGACUCGGAGAUCCUGCGGUUCGACAGCGACGCCGCGAGUCCCAGGCUGCAGCCUCGGGUGCAGUGGAUGGAGCAGCCGUGGGUGGAGCAGGAGGGCGCACAAUUUUGGGAGCAGCAGACUCGGGAAAUCAAGCACAACGAGCAGUGGAGCAGAGCGAACCUGAACGAGCUGAGCGCCCACUACAACCAGAGCGACAACGUGUCCCCCACUUGGCAGGAAGCGACAGGCUGCGUUGUGGAGUCAGAGGACCGGCGCUUCCUCCACGGAUUCAGUCAGUUCGCCUACAACAGCGCCGACUACGUCGCCCUGAACCAGGACCUGCGCUACUGGAAUGCAGCUGCCGGGAUCAGCUGGAGCAACAUUGUGCGGGUCCCUGACGCGGACGUUCAGAGGGUCUUCCUGGAGGACACGUGUGUGCACCGGCUCCGCCUGUUCCUGGAGAAGGGGAAGGGGACUCUGCUCCGAGCAGACCCCUCUCCUCAGACCACCAUCACCAUCAUGGGCAUUGCUGCUGUCCUGGGUCUCCUUGGAGCUGUGGUCACUGGAGCUGUGCUGUGGGAGGGAGGAAGAGCUCAGGCAGUGACAGUGCCCAGGGCUCUGAUGUGUCUCUCACAGCUCCUGACAGUGAGACCCUGAGGGCAGGAAGUGGGAUUUGGACCGAGGAGCACAACUCGAUUUUGGGGAUCCCCACAGUGGGACAAUUGAGCCGCGGUGGCUGUGGGAGAAUGUGACACUUCUGAGACUGACCUGAGUUUGUUCACGACAACUUUCUUUCCCAGCGUGACAGAGCUGCCUUGUCCUGGUUUGGUGCUAAAACAGCCACUGCAGCCUCCCCUUGGGACUUUCAGGAUCCCUCACUACUGUUUCUGCAACCAACAUCAGAAUGUGUCUGCAUUUUCAUCAGUAUUAUGUGAGGAGCAGGUCACCAGGCCACCCUCCCCACAGAGACCUGUGUCCUCUCAUCUGGGUCCUGUCCUGUCCUAGCAGAGCUGGAGUGAGACCAUCCCCAUCCUGGUCAUUUCUCAUCUGGGUCAUCUUUGUUGCUCCUUUGUCUUUGCCAUUUCAGGAGAACCUUGUCCCACUAGGACCUGGGAUCCCAGGUACUUCAAUGUCACCCAGGGCCUUGUCCUCACU